GCAAAUGAAGGAGAUACUUAGAUGGCUACAUUUCGGUGAACCGCUCUGUACUGACUUUAGAUGCAAAGGGAGAAAUGUCGUGGGUGAAGCCGCGACAGGGAACGCUGGUCAAUAAUACUAUAGUAUGCUUAUGUGUAAUACUUUAUUUCAGUUUUACAUUGCAAUCCCCAGCCAAGGUACACAGCAGGUCAUGCGAUGAGCUGGGCAUUACAAUGUGCACGUGGCGUCGCAUACCUCCAUAAUAUGAAACCCAAACCUUUGAUCCACAGAGACUUAAAACCACCGAAUUUGUUAUUAGUAAUGGGUGGACACACCCUAAAAAUUUGUGAUUUCGGUACAGCUUGCGAUCUGAAUACCUACAUGACUAACAAUAAGGGGUCUGCUGCGUGGAUGGCCCCGGAGGUAUUUGAAGGUUCCAGGUACACGGAAAAAUGUGAUGUGUUUAGUUGGGGUGUCAUUUUAUGGGAGAUAUUAUCGAGGAAGAAACCUUUUGAUGAGAUCGGUGGAUCAGCCUACAGAAUAAUGUGGGCAGUGCACGUUGGGCAAAGACCCCCUUUAAUAGAAGGUUGUCCAAAGCCAAUUGAAGAUCUCAUGACCAGNAC